AUGCCCACAAAGCCAACGGAUGGGGCAAAUCACUCUGUGGUGUCAGAGUUUGUAUUCCUGGGACUCACCAAUUCCUGGAAUAUCCAACUUUUCCUCUUUAUGUUCUCCUCCAUAUUUUAUGUGGCAAGUAUGUUGGGAAACUCCCUCAUUAUGCUCACAGUGACUUCUGACCCUCACUUACACUCUCCCAUGUAUUUUCUGUUGGCCAAUCUCUCCUUCAUUGACCUGGGUGUUUCUUCUGUCACUUCUCCCAAGAUGAUUUAUGACCUUUUCAGAAAGCACAAAGUCAUCUCGUUUGGAGGCUGCAUCAUUCAGAUCUUCUUCAUCCAUGUCAUUGGUGGUGUGGAGAUGGUGCUGCUCAUAGCCAUGGCCUUUGACAGGUAUGUGGCCAUAUGUAAGCCUCUUCAUUACCUGACCAUUAUGAACCCAAGAAUGUGCAUCUUCUUCUUAGUGGCUGCCUGGACGACAGGCCUUAUCCACUCAGUGGUUCAGUUGACUUUUGUAGUAGACUUACCUUUCUGUGGUCCUAAUGUAUUGGACAGCUUUUACUGUGACCUUCCUCGGUUCAUCAAACUUGCCUGCACUGAUAUCUAUCGACUGGAAUUCAUGGUAACAGUCAACAGUGGAUUCAUCUCUGUGAGCUCUUUCUUCAUACUGAUCAUUUCCUACAUUGUCAUCAUUCUCACUGUUCAGAAACACUCUUCAGUUGGUUCAUCCAAAGCUCUGUCCACACUUUCAGCUCAUAUCACUGUAGUAGUCUUGUUCUUUGGUCCUUUGAUUUUUGUCUAUACCUGGCCAUUUCCAUCCACAUACCUGGAUAAGUUUUUGGCUAUCUUUGAUGCAGUUCUCACUCCUGUUUUGAAUCCUAUAAUCUAUACAUUCAGGAAUCAAGAAAUGAAGGUGGCAAUGAGGAAAGUAUGCAGACAGCUCGUGAGUUACAGAAAGAUUUCUUAA